AUGAAACUCCGAUUGGUGGCUCUGGCGCUGGUGGUUGCAGCGGCGGCCGCCGACCCCCGGCAGAACACGCCGCGCCCGAGGCAUUGGCAACGCGGGGCACGAACACUAGCAGAUAGAUCAACAACGCAAUUUGUAGGACCCCACGUGUGCCGCAGCAGGAACAGCACGCAUUGCUGUCCAGGAUGGACGUCGAGACCUAAUUCUUUACUUUGUGUAGUCCCUUUGUGCCGGCCGGAUUGCGGUUCGCCCGGUUCGUGCAUAGCGCCGAACAUGUGCCGGUGUCCUGGAGGCCUCGAGGCGCCAUCUUGUGGCGCAGGCGGAGCGCUAUACUCCUAUCCACCACGACCACGCGGUGGCUGCCGUCGAAUCUGCAUGAAUGGAGGAACGUGCACUAAUGGAACAUGCGCUUGCGCACCCGGCUGGUCCGGGGAAUUUUGUACUGAACCAAUAUGUCGAGAGCCAUGCCUCCACGGUGGGCGAUGUAUAGCCCCAGACCGUUGUGUUUGCUUCCACGGCCUAUCUGGAACACGCUGCGAAAUCGAUCGACGAACAGGGCCGUGCUAUACGGACACUCGUGGCGCGCUGUGCACGGGCGCGUUGGAGGGCGUGGUGUGCACCAAGCAGCUGUGCUGUGCCACCGUGGGCGUGGCUUGGGGCCAUCCCUGCGAACGCUGCGGGGACCUCGACUGCCCCACGGGACACCUGCGGAAUCUGGCCACCAAGGAGUGCCAGGACAUCGACGAGUGCGCGGCGGUGCCCGGGCUUUGCGAGGGCGGCAAGUGCAUCAACUCCGUCGGCUCCUUCGCGUGCGAGUGUCCUCCGGGCCAACGGAGGCAUCGCGUCACCAACAACUGCGAGGAUGUCGACGAGUGCGAGGACCCCGAUAUUUGUCCGAAUGGAAAAUGUGUUAACACGGAGGGUGACUACUACUGCCUGUGCAAUCCUCACUUCAUUCCGAGUCCCGAUAAGAAGUUUUGCAUCGACGGUCGCGUGGGCAACUGCUUCACGUAUCUGGGCGAGACGGGCGAGUGCGGAGACCGUCUGCCCAUGUCUCUGUCCAACAGAGACUGCUGCUGCGGAUACAACAUGGGCAGGGCCUGGGGCGACCUCUGCGCGCCUUGCCCGCCGCGGGGAUCAGUGGAGUGGACGCACCUGUGCGGCGGAGGCGCGGUCCCUCCCGACUGGAGACGCAACGACACGACUAUGGGCUUCGGGGACGGAAGCGACGUCCCUCACCCCAUCGCCAAGAUCAACGAGUGCAUGCUCAGGAACGGCAUCUGCGGCCUCGGCGACUGCAUCGACAAGGAUGUCGGGUACUCCUGCUCGUGCUGGGAGGGUGCAGAGAGCACGCUACAAGACGGCAACCCCACGUGCAUCGACAUCGACGAGUGCGCCCUCGAGUACUGCAAGGGCGGCUCUUGCGUCAACACACCCGGCAGCUUCACCUGCAGAUGUCCGCCCGGUUUCGAUCCCGUAGAAAAUGGUCAGCGAUGCAGUGACAAAAACGAAUGUGAAAUGACGAACGGAGGGAUGUGCACUAACGGCGUUUGCACGAAUGUAGACGGCGGCUACGAGUGCACCUGCAACCCGGGCUACGAGUCGACGGAGACGGGUCACGCGUGUCGCGACGUCGACGAGUGCGCCGACAACCCGCGAGUGUGUCGUCGGGGACGCUGUCGGAACACGCCCGGCGGAUACGAGUGCGUCUGCGAGCCGGGCUUCGCGAGAUCCGCCGCCGGGUACUGCGCCGACGUCGACGAGUGCGCCGACCGGUCGCUGUGCCAGGGAGGUCGCUGCGUCAACGGCGAGGGUUCGUUCCAAUGCGUGUGCGAGGCGGGCUACCGUCCGACGCCCGACCGAGCCGCCUGCGUGGACGUGGACGAGUGUUCCGAGUUACGGGUGUGUCGGAACGGGAAGUGCCACAACUCGCCCGGCUCCUUCCGCUGCGAGUGCCUGCCCGGGUUCACGCUCAGCAACGACGGACGCACUUGCCUAGAUGAGGUCCAAGACCUGUGCUACGAGAAAUACGAAGACGGCCAAUGCACCGGACCCGGAACCACGCCCGUCACUCGCUCGCAGUGCUGUUGCAGUGCCAGCAAAGGUCUGCACCUGGGCUGGGGCGUAUCCUGCAAGGCCUGUCCCCCUCGCGGUAGCCAGGACUACGAGAUUCUAUGUCCCGAGGGCUCCAGCAAGGACAACGCCGGCACGGACAUCAACGAGUGCACCAUGAUCCCCGGCGUCUGCCCCCACGGCACCUGCGAGAACUUGGAGCCCGGAUACAAAUGCAUCUGCGACCCCGGAUACCAUCCCGACAAGGAUGGCAUCUGCCGAGACGUCGACGAGUGCGAUAUGCACCAGUCGUACUGCACGGGCGGGCAGUGCCGAAACACGUUGGGCAGCUUCGCGUGCGUGUGCCCGAGCGGCACUCGCUACGAGCCCGACGAGCAGCUCUGCCGAGACAUCGACGAGUGCGAGGGUGAGCCCCCGUCGGACCUUCCCCAGCGCGGGGACAUCCCGCCCCGCGCCCUCCCCGCAGAACAAUCGAACCCCUGCGACAACGGACGGUGCAUCAACACUCACGGCAGCUACGAGUGCGAGUGCGAACACGGCUUCGUCCUGGAUGCGUCUGCGCAGCACUGUCUCGACAACCGUCGCGGGUCGUGUUGGCGCCGCGUCGUGGACGGGCAGUGCGAGGGCGCCGCCCCCGCGCCCCUUCUCAGACAGGAGUGCUGCUGCAGCGUAGGACUGGCCUGGGGCUCCCCGUGCGAGCCCUGCGAGCCCGACGACUGCCCGUGCCCCAAGGGAUUCGCCAAGCUGGACGGCGUGAACUGUCGCGACGUGGACGAGUGUAUGCUGGACCCCGACCUGUGCGCCGGCGGACGGUGCGUCAACACGGACGGCUCCUACCGCUGCGAGUGCCCCGCCGGCCUCGCCCUCGACGCCUCGGGCAACCGAUGCGUGGACACGCGCCGCGAGAUGUGCUACACGGACUGGGUCGGGGGACGUUGCUCGGGACCGCUUCGGCUGGAAGUGCACCGAGCCGUCUGCUGCUGCUCUUCGCUGGGCAAGGCCUGGGGAGACUCGCGCUGCGAGCCUUGUCCCAAGAAAGGAACGGACGCGCAUCGGAACCUCUGCAUAGCUGACGCGAGCGGCCCUCCGAACGUCUGGACCGGGCCCGGCGGGCCGGGCGCGCCUAACGGGACCGAUAUCUGGAGCCAAACCGGAGACGGAAACGGAGACGGUUUCGGUACGGGCUGGGACGACGGGCACACCAACGCGUGGGGCAACGGAACCGGGGACGGCUGGGGACCGGACAGGCCCGGCGUCACGCCUAGUCAGAUGGAGAUCAACGAGUGCGCGGCCUUCCCCGGCCUCUGCGGGCACGGCAGGUGCCGGAACAUGGUCGGUACCUUCACUUGCGACUGCUUCCCGGGCUACGAACAGGAUUCGAAAAACCACACUUGCGUGGACGUGAACGAGUGCGAGAUCGUGGAAAACGUGUGCGGGGCGGGAGAGUGUCGCAACUCCGAGGGCGGCUUCAGCUGCGUCUGCCGCGACGGAUACCGCACCGACGAUCUCUCCAAAGUCUGCGUCGACGUCAACGAGUGCGCAGAGAACCGGGCGUUGUGCCGCGGAGGGCGCUGCCUGAACACGCCGGGCUCCUUCCGCUGCGAGUGCGGUGCCGGCAUGGAGCUGGCGCCCGACCGCCUCUCUUGCAAGGACAUCGACGAAUGCUCUAUCACUUCUGGCAUAUGCAGCAACGGUGCGUGCGAAAACCAGAUGGGAACGUACCAGUGCGUGUGCGACGAAGGAUACGCGCAGUCCACCGUCAAGUCCCACUGCGAGGACAUCGACGAGUGCUCGGAGGACCCCACCCGCUGUCAACACGACUGCAUCAACACGCCCGGCUCUUACCACUGCGUCUGCCGGGAAGGCUGGCACCUGCGCGCGGACGGUCGGUCGUGUCGCGACGUGGACGAGUGCGCGAGCGGCGGACGAGUGUGCGGCGGAGGCGAGUGCCGCAACACGCCCGGCUCCUACCGCUGCACCUGCGCGGAGGGUCUGCUGCCCGCCCCGGCCGACGCCAAGCCCACCUGCCUCGACGUCGACGAGUGCGCCGACAUAGCGGACCUCUGUGGCGCCGGCGAGUGUCGCAACACCAUCGGAAGCUUCGUGUGCCGCUGUCCCGACGGGUACAGCGUCAAGCCCGAGCAGGGCCCCGCCUGCACCGACGACGACGAGUGCGAACUCGGCACCUGCGACUGCCACCCCGCCGCCGACUGCAUCAACCUGCCCGGCUCCUUCCAGUGCCGCUGUCGGGACGGUUGGCGCGGAGACGGUGCCGAGUGCGAGGACGUGGACGAGUGCUUGACAAACAAUGGCGGAUGCCAUCCCAGGGCCACUUGCCGCAACACCGACGGCUCCUUCGUGUGCCUCUGCGACACGGGAUACAAGGGAGACGGAUACUCGUGCGUGGACAUCGACGAAUGCGCCAACGACCCCACCCUGUGCGAGAACGGUCACUGCACGAACAUACCCGGAGGCUACGAGUGCGACUGCGACGUCGGAUUCACCAAGGCCGACGACGGCAAGUCUUGUCUCGAUAUGGACGAGUGCGGAACGUUCGAUAACGUUUGCGUGUUCGGACGCUGCGUCAACACUUUCGGCAUGUUCAAGUGCAUCUGCGAUAAAGGCUACCAGUCGGACAGCAUAGACGACCUGAUGCCCGGGUUCAACUGCACGGACGUGGACGAGUGCAAGUCCCCGCAGUCGUGUCAGUACGGCGAGUGCGUCAACACGCAAGGCUCCUACCUCUGCCGCUGCCCUCCCAACUACGACCUGGUCUCCGACGGCACGGCCUGUUUCGACUCCCGCAAAGCCCGGUGCUACGGCAAAGUGGACCUUCGCUCGGGAACCGAGCAGUGCCGGGACAGCGACGAAUUGUCUGAAGACGGCACGAUGGCCGCCUGCUGCUGUUCCGUCGGUGCCGCGUGGGGUAACUACUGCGACCUAUGUCCCGAGCCCGGCUCGGAAGCGUACAGACAGCUAUGUCCAGGUGGACCUGGAUAUCAACCCGUUUUGGAACCCCCGUCGUACGUUGUGACCUUGGCCGAUAUCGACGAGUGCUCGCAGCAUCCGUCGCUGUGCCAGCACGGCACGUGCACGAACACGUUCGGGUCCUUCGUGUGCACGUGCGGCGAGGGCUGGCGGUUGGCGGCCGACGAGCUGCGCUGCGAGGACAUCGACGAGUGCGCCGUGCCCGACGUCUGCGGUCCCGGCGUCUGCCGCGACAUGCCCGGCUCCUACGUCUGCCUCUGCCCCGAGGGUUACGUCUCCAUGCCUAACGGAAAGGAGUGCGUGGACGUCCGCCAGCGCCAAUGCUACAUGGAUUGGGAGCUCGAACGCGAACGGUGCUCGUCGCCGGUGGGCGUGCCGCAGACCAAGUACCUGUGCUGCUGCUCGGUGGGCAAGGCCUGGGGAAGCCCCUGCGAGGCAUGCCCCGAGAGAGGAUCGCCCGACCACGUGGCUCUCUGCGGGGAGAAGCCCGGCGAGUACAUCAACCCCAUGACCAACGAGACGCGCCCCAUCAACGAGUGUGACAUCAUGCCCCAGCUCUGCAAGCCCGGCACUUGCCACGACACGCCCACGGGCUUCCAGUGCGGCUGCGACCACGGAUACGAGCACGACAACACCUCUCACUUGUGCCGCGACGUCGACGAGUGCACGUCGCAUCGGUCGCCCUGUCGGGGGCUCGCACAGUGCGUCAAUCUCCCGGGAGCCUACGAGUGCAAGUGCCCGGCGGGCUACCGGCUCACCGAUUCUCUGGACGAGUGCGAGGACGUCGACGAGUGCGACGACGAGCGACUGUGCGAACACGGGGAGUGUCGCAACACGGUCGGAUCCUACAGGUGUGAAUGCAAGCCCGGCUACACCCUGCGUGAAAACGCAUGUCGCGACGUGGACGAGUGCGCGCGGCCUCGGCCGCUUUGCCGCAACGGCACCUGCGAGAACAGGCCCGGCUCCUACGUCUGCCACUGCGACGAGGGCUUCAAGCCCGGCGCCAACAACGAUUGCAUCGACGUGAACGAGUGUCGCGAAGGCGGCAUGGUGUGUCGCAACGGGCGCUGUCGCAACACGCCGGGGUCCUUCCGCUGCGAGUGCGCGGCCGGAUACACUCUGACGGCCGACGGACGCCAUUGCCGGGACGUCGACGAGUGCACGGAGCUGCCGGCCCCUUGCGGCCGAGACGGCUCGCCCUCGUGCACCAACACCAACGGCGGGUACGAGUGCUCCUGCGGGGCCGGAUGGCGGCUGACGGGUCGGCGUUGCGUGGACCGGGACGAGUGCCGCGAGUUGCAGUACGUCUGCGCCGGAGGGGACUGUCACAACUUCGACGGCGGAUACCGCUGCGACUGCCCCACCGGGUGGCGCUUCGACGCAGCGGCCGCUCUCUGCGUGGACGAGCGCAAAGAGCUUUGCUACGACGAGUGGUCGGCCGGACGCUGCCAUCGCGCGAGGCCCCUGCAGCUCAGCAGACCCGAGUGCUGCUGCUCUGAAGGUGCCGCCUGGGGAAGAUACUGCGAACGCUGUCCGACUCCCGACUCAGCCGAGUUUUUGCGAAUUUGUCAAGGAGGAAUGGGGAGGCCCAAUUUGACUCAGGACUUGGACGAGUGCAAGGUGCGUCCGGACGUGUGCAAGGGCGGACGGUGCGUGAACACGGAUGGCUCCUUCCGGUGCGAGUGCGGGCCCGGGUACGCGCUCGACGCGGGCGGCCUGAGCUGCGUGGACGCCGACGAGUGCGCCGCCGACCCCAGGAUCUGCGGCAACGGCACUUGCACCAACACCCCGGGGGGCUACGAGUGCCGCUGCAACUACGGCUUCACGCAGGGCCCGCAGCAGACGUGCGUGGACGUCGACGAGUGCGCGGAGGGUCGCGCGGCGUGUUCGUUCCGCUGCCACAACACGGCGGGCUCGUUUAGGUGCACCUGUCCUUUCGGGUUCACGUUGGCGGCCGACGGGAUCCACUGCCGGGACGUCGACGAGUGCGCCUCGGACCGCCACGUGUGCCCUCACGCUUGUGAGAAUGUGGUGGGAUCUUAUAUCUGCAAGUGUCCCGAAGGUUACAGACGCACGGCGGCUCCGCACGACGCGGAGGACGCGUGCGAAGACGUGGACGAGUGUGCGGAGGAGGGAGACCGCUGUGCGCCCGGAGUCUGCAUCAACACGGACGGAGGCUUCUCCUGCGACUGCGACGCCGGUUACGAGCCCAGUGAAGACGGACGCUCCUGCAUCGAUCACCGAACGGGAGCGUGUCACAGAUCCUUGGUGUCGGGCAGGUGCGUGCCGGAACCUUGGCCUCGCUCCGCGGCCUCCACGCCCGCGCCGGCCACGCAAGUCACCAAAGCGCAAUGUUGCUGCACGUUGGGCGUGGCCUGGGGACCGGAAUGCGAGCUGUGUCCCGUCCCGGGCACUCCCGAGAGAAUGGAGCUGUGUUCCCGCAGCAACCUGAUCCCCAAGGGCGGCAUCGGUGGUGGCGGACUGGGGAGCGACGGCUCGACGGGCCUCGUCCCCGACGUGUACGGGGAUGUCGACGAAUGCGCCGCCAUUCCCGGCCUCUGCGCGCCGGGACGGUGCGUCAACACUAUCGGAAGCUUCCGCUGCGUGUGCGGCCUGGGCUACAAAGCGGCGGGCGACGUGUGCGCCGACGUCGACGAGUGUGCGUCUCGGAGGUCUCCUUGCGAGCAGCUGUGCCGCAACACGGAGGGCUCCUACGAGUGCCUCUGCCGCUCCGGCUACGAGGUGGACGAGGACGGGGCCAACUGCCGGGACGUCGACGAGUGCGAGAGGGGUACCCACACCUGCCAUCAGACUUGCACCAACACGGACGGCUCCUUCGAGUGCUCCUGCGAAGAGGGAUACGAGCAGCGUGGCGACGCUUGCAUCGAUAUAAACGAGUGCCACGAGGAGGGUAUAUGCCCGUCCCCGGGAAAGUGCGUAAACCUGCUGGGCUCGUAUCGCUGCGUGUGCCCUCGCGGUUUCCGCCUGGACCUGGCGGGAUCGCGCUGCCUCGACCGCGACGAGUGCGAGGACGGCCGCUGCCAGUCGCCCUGCCGCAACUACGCCGGGGGCUACCGCUGCGAGUGUCCGCCCGAUUCCAUCCGGUCGGCGAGCGGCGUCUGCGUGCCGCGGGACUCGUGCGCGAGCGGGCCGUGCGGGUCGUCGCCGUGCUUCCCUCUGGGCGGCUCGUACCGCUGCGGAUGUCCCGCCGGCUACGGCUGGGACGCCGGACACGCCGUCUGCCUCCAGAUGGCGGGCGGAUGCGCGGGCGCGUCGUGUCUCUUCGGAUGCACGGCGCUGGGUUCCUCGUACCAGUGCGGUUGUCCGGCGGGCUACCGACUGGUCGGCGCCGGCCACUGCCUCUCCGCCCUGGACGGAGCUCUGCCGCCGGACGACAUCGGAGACGCACCCGUCUUCCCUCUCUCGCAUCAGUACAAGGUCGGAGGAGACAACGAUCUGAUUUCCACCGAGGGAUGCUUCAGCUGCAAGGUCAACGGUCGUCACCGUCGAGCGCCGGAGGAGGGAAUCGUGUUCGCCAACGGCACCACGCUCGUCAGGAGACUGCGGCGACGUAGCCGACGUCGUCGGUCGUUGCUGGAGCCGGAGGCCGAGCUUAUCGUGGUGAGCGCCGACGCGAAGCAGACUCGGGGCCGGGUGCCCCUGCUGAGGCUGGUGGGGGCGGAGGCCGACGGACGACCCCACUACCGCAUCGCCUACGGGGACGACAACCGCGACUUCGUUCUCAACAAGAAGGACGGCACCUGGGCGCUGCGGCUCAGGAGGCACCUCAAGGCGAACGCGGUGUUGGAGAGGCAGCUGGAACUGGAGGGCCGCUUCGUGUCGGCCGGUUCCCGACGAAGAGGUCGCCGACACGUCCGCGAGUCGGAGGCGCCGGCGCCCUUGCGACUCUACGUGUCCGUCCGGAUCGCGCCUCGAUCGACGUUUACGAGACGCGACAUCGACUCGAAUUAA